AUGCCUCGUCAAGACGCGGGGACAGGUUAUUACUUUGCUAAUCUACGAGUUUGGGGCGGGCAUUUCUCACGCUCAGAAUCUCGAAGCUUUAAGGGAGCCUGCAUGCAGCACGAGCACACGGAUCGAGCCAGCGCAAUAGCGGAAGUAAUCUCAGAGAAAUCGUGGCGCCUUCAGGAGAAGUGGCUGGACCUUGUCUGGCGCAUGUGGGGCAACCACAUUACCAGAAAUCUCAAUCGAUCCACGUGGGAGAUCGCUGUUGAGAAGCCACCACCAAGAUAUAUCGAGAAUCUGCGUCGUCCUGCAGAUUCACCGUUGGAACAGCAUUUAUCCAACAUAACUCAGUCCGCAAACAUGGCGUUGGACUGUGGGCAAGGAUCUCUAGCCGAUUACCAGCAGCACCGCCGUGAUUGGGAAGCCUUCGGACGACGACUCGACGAACACGAGCGCCAUUUAGAGACUCGCAAGAAUAUCAUUGAAGGUUCCCUCCUUGAUGUGGCCCCUCCAUCUCCCAGCUUGGUGUAA